AUGGCGAACGAGGGCGAACGGCCAACCUCCGCCGACAAGGGCAAGGGCAAGGUUGACGACGUUCGCGAACUGAACGGAAAGAAGCCACAGGGUGAUGAGAAGGCCCCCGCAGAGGGCAAGAAGAAGGAUGAGGAACCACAGGAAGAGGAGCUUAGUGAGGAAGACCAAGAGUUGAAAAAUGAGCUCGAGAUGCUGGUGGAGCGGUUAAAGGAGCCGGACACUUCCCUAUACGGACCUGCUUUGGAUGCCAUCAAGAACUUCAUCAAGACUUCGACAUCUUCCAUGACAGCUGUUCCAAAGCCCCUUAAAUUCCUCCGACCGCAUUACGAUGAACUUACAGAAGUUUACGAGAGCUGGACAGCAGGCGCCGCUAAGGAUUCGCUGGCUGAUACGCUGUCUGUACUCGGCAUGACCUACGGAGAUGAGGAGAAGCUGGAAACACUCAAGUACCGCCUGUUGGCCAAAUCCGAAGAUCUGGGCUCCUGGGGCCACGAAUAUAUUAGACAUCUGGCGCUGGAGAUUGGACAAGAAUACCAAAACCGGUUGAAUGCAGAGAAAGAGACCCAAGACUUGGUGGAUCUCGCCCUGUCACUGGUGCCUUACUUCUUGAGCCACAACGCCGAGGCCGAUGCGGUGGACCUUAUGAGUGAACUGGAGAUCAUCGAGGAGAUCCCUCGAUUUGUUGAUGAAAACACAUAUCCUCGAGUCUGCCUGUAUAUGGUGAGCAUGGUCAACUUGCUCACCUACCCCGAAGACCAGCAGUUCCUUCGUACAGCCCACGAAAUUUACGUCCGCUACAACAAACUCUCCCAAGCAAUCGUCCUUGCCAUCAGGUUGAACAACAUCGACCUUAUUAAGAGUGACAUUAACGCCACGACAGACAAGGCUCUCAAGAAGCAAAUGGCAUUCCUGGUGGCUAGGCAACAAAUUUGGCUCGACUUGGAUGAGGACGAAGAUGAUGAGGAUGCCGAGUUGCUAGCGGAUUGUCUCAACAACACCUCCAUUCCCAAACACUUCAAGUCUCUUGGAAAGGAGCUUAAUAUUUUAGAUCCCAAGAUGCCCGAAGAUAUUUACAAGACGCACCUAGAGAGCAGUCGUGGAGCAAGUCUUACCAAUCUCGAUUCAGCGCGACACAACCUUGCUAGUGCUUUUGUCAACUCUUUUGCGAAUGCUGGCUUCGGCAACGACAAGAUGAUGCUCGUAGAAGGCGAGAAGGGCCCAUGGGUAUGGAAGACCAAGGAUGACGGACAGCUAUCGACCACAGCAUCUCUCGGUAUGCUUCUGCAUCGUGACGUCGACGAAGGUCUGAACACUAUCGAUAAGUUUACGUAUGUCGAGGAAGACCAAGUGAAGGCUGGUGCUUUACUGGCAUAUGGUAUUAUGAACUCCGGUGUUCGCGUCGAAGGCGAUCCCGCCCUUGCUCUCUUGCGUGACCCGGAAAACCUUGAGGCAAAGAGCAUUCCAAUGCGGGUUGCAUCGAUCAUGGGUCUUGGUCUGGCAUACGCUGGUUCUAACAAAGAGGAACUUCUUGAAGCUCUUCUUCCUAUCGUGGAAGAUGCUUCAUUAGACAUGCAACUCUCCGCUAUGGCCGCAGUUUCCUUGGGUCUCAUUUUUGUUGGAUCAUCAAACCACCAAGUGAGCGAGGCAAUUGCGACUACUUUGAUGGACGAGGAGCGCCAGAAGCAACUGAAGGACAAAUGGACACGAUUUAUGGCUCUUGGUCUGGCACUUCUCUAUUUCGGCCGCCAAGAGGAGGUUGAUGUCAUCCUUGAUAUCCUCAAGGCUGUUGAUCACCCCAUGGCAAAACCUACAUCGGUCCUUGCUUCAGUCUGCGCCUGGGCUGGCACAGGGACUGUGCUCAAGUUGCAGGAACUCCUUCAUAUCUGUAACGACAUCAUUGAAGAGAAGGAGGAGAACAAGGGUGAUGAGCUCGUUCAAUCCUAUGCUGUUCUGGGUCUGUCGCUCAUUGCCAUGGGUGAGGAUGUUGGCCAAGAUAUGAUCCUUCGCCAGUUUGGCCACCUGAUGCACUACGGCUCCAGUAAUAUCCGCCGAGCCGUGCCUCUUGCGAUGGGUCUUAUCAGUCCUAGCAAUCCCCAGAUGAAGAUCUAUGAUACUUUAUCACGGUACAGUCACGACAAUGACAAUGAUGUUGCAAUCAACGCCAUUUUUGCCAUGGGUCUAUGCGGUGCCGGUACCAACAAUGCCCGUUUAGCCCAGCUGCUCCGGCAACUAGCAAGCUACUACCACCGCGACCAAAACUCCCUGUUCAUGGUGCGCAUUGCACAGGGUCUUCUGCAUAUGGGUAAGGGUACCAUGACCCUCAACCCCUUCCACACAGACCGACAAGUUCUCUCCCGUGUCUCGGCGGCCGGUUUGCUUACAGUGCUUGUGUCUUUGAUUGACGCUAAGCAAUUCAUUCUCGCCGAACACCACUACUUGCUUUACUUCCUUAUCACCGCCAUGUUCCCGCGAUUCCUCAUUACUCUCGACGAGGAUCUACAGCCACUCACUGUUAAUGUUCGCGUGGGUCAAGCCGUGGAUGUUGUUGGCCAGGCGGGUCGGCCAAAGACUAUUACCGGCUGGCAAACACAGAGCACCCCUGUACUGCUGUCUCAUGGUGAGCGAGCGGAGCUGGAGGAUGAACAAUACAUCCCUCUUAGCAACACACUGGAGGGCCUGGUUAUUCUACGCAAGAACCCCGACUGGGAAAGCCCCGAAUAA